UCCAUAGCAGGCUGCUUCGCAAUUACCCUUUGGCUUUCGCUAGCAGCCUUCAACGCCUCGUCAAUGAAUAAAAUUGUGCUAAAGGUGGAACUACAGGAUGACAAAAUUAAGAAAAAAGCCAUGAAAGCAGUCUCCAAUAUUUCAGGGGUUGAAUCAGUCUCUAUGGAUAUGAAAGACCAGGAAUUGACCUUAACUGGAGACAUGGACCCCGUGGUUGUGGUGGACAAGCUGAGGAAACUGUGUUACACUGAGAUACUCUCGGUUGGACCAGCCAAGGAAAAGAAGCCAGAGACCCCAGAACUAGAAGAUCAAAAUCAGUACAUGCCUGGUAUUGUGAUGGUCUGCGAAGCCUAUCAUAAUCAGAUGAGCCAACCACAUUAUUAUUACACAAGUGUGGAAGAGAAUCCUAAUCCCUGUGUCAUUUGCUAACUUAAAUUUAGAACACCAUGCUACUCAAAACAAAAUAACAUGCUUGUUCAAGAGUUGUGCUGCUGCAUUUCAA